AUGGUUGUGAAAUAUAUUUUAAGUUUUUUGUUAAUUCUAUUAAUCCUGAUUGUUAAUAUAUCCAAAACGGUUAAUUGUCUUGUAAUCCGCUCUGUAAAACCGAUCGAAAAUAAAACAUGGGAAAAUUGGAAUGGAGCAAUUCAUAUUUCACCAGAUGCCAUUUUUGAACCAUCUACCCUUGAAGAUCUUAUAGAUAUUGUAAAAUUAGCAAAGAUAAAUAAUAAAACUAUUCGACAUGCUGCUCAAGGACAUGCCGAAAAUUCACUAUCUGUUACAGAGCAUUAUUUGGUGAUAGUUACAAAUUUAAAUAAAAUGACAGUGCAAAAACAUCCAAAAUAUGGCUGGACUGUUACUGCCGAAGCAGGUAUAUCAUUAUCUAAGCUUGAUAAAACACUUCGAAAUCAUGACCCACCACUUACUCUUGAUUCUGAAACAUUAUAUGACACGUUUCGAGUAUCUGGUGUUAUAGCAACAGGAUCACAUGGUGCAAAAACCAGUUCAGGCAUUAUGUCAGAUCAACUUUGCUCUAUGAAAAUCGUCACAAGCUCUGGUGAAAUAUGUGAAUUCAGUGAAGAAAUAAACAAAUUAGAAUUCAGUGCUGCAAAAGUCAACUUAGGUUUGCUUGGUACAAUCUAUUCGUUGACUUUUCGUGCACAACCAAUGUACAAUCUUCGUAUGACUGAUAUCUAUGUUCCAGCAAACAAAUGGCUUAAUAAUCCACAGAAUAUCAAAAAUCUUUUAGAAUCAUCUGAUGGUAUUACUAUAGCUUAUUGGCCGUUCAAUGGGUUCAAUCAGAGUGAUCCAAAUCCUCUUGAUCCUAAUAGAGAUCGAAUUGCGAUUAAGAAUUGGGUACGAACAGACGAACCUGUGAGUUUUACACAACAGCAACUCGAACAAUCACAUGAAACUCAAAAACAGGGCGUUAUUCAGCAGUAUGAGCUCAUAACUAGUCACUUACAAAAUCCCGAGACAACUCCGAAUGUUACCGCCACAAUAUGGAAUAGUGUAAUUAGUAAUGGUAAUACUAGUUCGGUAUUUCAAGCUCCUGAUGCUAUUCAUUAUGUAGCUAGUGAAGAAAGUGCGAAGUUUGAUUUUGUGGAAAUCAGUUUCAAGGUUGAUCCUGAUUUCUCCAAUGUCGCUUCAGAAUUUUCCCAUGUAAUCAAAACACUAUAUGAAUUUGCAAAAAAAGGAAAAUUCCCUUUAAAUUAUAUUGCAGAUUUUAGAGUCAUAAAAUCAACUGAAGCAUUAUUAUCUCCUGCUUUUAAUAAUGAUCCAAACGCAUUGUAUUGUCAAAUGGAUUUUGUAUCAGUUACUGGCACUCCUAAUUUGGAAGAAUUCAUACAAGUAAUAGCACAGAGAUUAUUUGAGAAGUACACAGCAAAACCUCAUUGGGGAAAAAGAUGGGAAUUUAUUCCAAAUGUGAAGUCUUAUCUUUCUAAUGUUUUAUCAGAUCAAAUUAAACAAUUCGAGAAAGUACGUGCAAAGUACGACCCUG